AUGGCCGAAAAGACUGUCACGUUUGAAGAGUUCCAGGCGCACCAACAACGCGAAAACUUGUGGAUCCUACUCCACGGCAAAGUGUAUGACGUGGCAAAGUUCCUCGACGAGCAUCCUGGAGGAGAAGAGGUUAUCGUAGCUGAAGCUGGAAAGGACGCGACAGAGUCGUUUGAGGACGUAGGCCAUUCGGACGAGGCUCGAGACCUGCUCAAGGGCAUGUUGGUCGGGACCUUUGCAGGAAGCGAGAAGCUAAAAUCUGCACCUGUUCCCACGCAUACUCCCGGUUCAACACCCAAAGUCGUGAAUAACAGCGGACCAGGGACCGUCGCAUUCCUCGUUCCUCUUGCUUGUCUGGGAGCGUACUUUGCCUACCGUUAUUACGGUGCAUGA